CGACGUUGUCAGGGUAGUAAAGUACUAGCGUGUUGUUUCCAUUUUCCAUAUCAAAUGUGCACACAAUAUUUCGAGUUUCUUAGAUUUCUGUGUCGUUAAUGAAAGAAUAGAUGGGUCUAAAGAAGUUGAACUCAGAGUACAAUUCAUGCUUCAAGACAUUUCGCGUGCAAAGACCAGUGACAACAAAAGCAAAGCUUUACCCAACAGACACAGCCCCCGAGACGUUAGAUAGCAGUCGUAGAGCCGGUCUUCUCUCAAAUCAGUUCAGUCAAGUGACAGAGCCAGCACUACAAAGAAAGCGAAUUGUACCAUACAAAUACAAUCAUAAUAUUUUGUCAACAAACACGGUAAAGGAACUCAGCGACAAUGACUGGUUGGUAACGGUUGGCAAUGAAGAGGACGAAGUUCGAAAUACGAAAAAUAAAAAGGACAGCGCAUACAAUGUUGGAUUUGACAAGUUGAAAAUUGCUGACGAAAGUCCAGUAGAGCUCGCCAGUAAAACGAGGGACAAAAAGAAAUCGACUGCGAUGUGGGCAGAACAGCAGAGAGCUCUGGUUGAUUCUCUGGACAGAUUACCUGCUGCUGGCAUAGCAACAUACACGGCUGAUCCUCAUGACAAACGUUUAUUAAGACAUUCUGAUAAUCAUUUUAAUCCUCACAUAACAAACGAAGAACUUAGGAGCUCAAUGACCGAAUACAAGACAAAGUUUGAUAACGGUUCAACAUGUUUUGGAGCUCACGUAAGACCUCCACCAUCCACCAAGAUUGAUAUGGCCAUUUAUGAGAAAGCUCUCCAACAAAGACAGGAUGCGUACGGUCUGUCAGUUACACCAAAUAGAGACGAUAUCAAGCAAAGAGUUUUCUCAAGGAACAACACUUUGCAACAUAAAGAGAGCCGUCCGAAAGUUCAUGUUUACGGGGAAGAUUUUAAACGCUCUCGCUCAAAUAUGUCUUCUGUAAAAGAGAAAUACACAGAAAAGCCCCAUGUUUCACCACGAAGCCAAAAGAACUCAAGUUUGAAGUCCAAAUCUAAGAUGAUGAGAAGUCAACAAGGUGACCUGGAUGAGAAAAGUUUAAACUCCUCGAUCAUUGCAUCUAGAGAAAGAAACUCCACAACUUCUAGACAAACAGCCAAGAAAAAAGCGCCGAAAUCCAAAGAGAAUGAUAGUGUGUAUGAUGCAUAUGUCGCUUCGCCUGGAUCUUCCAGCACUUCACCCCAAAAAAUCUCUACAAUCAAGUCUUUUCGUAGGCAUAAUACUAGACAAAGGAAUGCUGCAAAUAACACUUCCAACUCUGAGCCAGACAUCUUGUCUUCACACCACUCUCUGAGAAGUUAUCAGCGCACAAAUAGAAAAGAAAAUCAAACCGAGUAUGACACAAAAAAUAGUCCACAAAACAUGCAAAACAAGCACCGUGUAAGUCGUAAACAAGCCUGGCAGACCGAAAUUGUCAAGGGAUUGAAUGCAACUUCAAAGUAUACAUAUGAGAGAGGAAGGUCGCCAACACCUGAAAUGCGCACAGCUGGUCAGUCUCGAAGACAUCAUUUAGACAUUACAACAGGGUCCAACAAUCCACUCAGUACAUAUGACAGGAUAGCAUAUGAUCCUACUCGAUAUAGUGAUGUUAGUGGGUCACUGACUUCCGGCAUGCAGUCAUGAAGUGUCUGAAAAAAGAAAGUCUCAUUAAAGACAGUGCCAGCUUCUUACAGCUAUUUUUAACAGCUUUUCUGUUAAUGGUGUAUGGUGUUACAUGUUUAUACUGUUAUUGUGUUCACGCGCGUGUAUGUAAUCAUCAAUAUCUAAAUCUUAAUAGUACAAUAAAAAAUUCUGUGAGAAAAGUUUGAUAAAUCAUCGACAACUUCAUGUGAAAAGAUUAAUAUAGUCUUCGUAACAUUGAUUGUAUUACGAUUACAUAAUUAUACGUAACUAUAAUUAUGUAACAACAAUGAAUAACAAAUGUGCGUAAUUAUGUUGGGUGAACAAUAGACCAAUCAGGGAAUUGUAGGGUGAUAAAAUACGUUCAAUAAUGCAACACCCAAGCUGUAUAUUUAGAGAAUUGUGAACGAAGUAUAUUAUUUUAAUCAUGAAGUACAUUUAUAACUAUAAA